AUGGCGCAACCAGGCCAACUGCCCAUACACCCCCAAAUCCAAAUGCCACCCACCACCCUAAUACCCAUACCCGGAUCCGAACCCGCCCAAUCAGCGGCCCUGAAGCGCCGCCGAGAGGACGAGUAUCCUCUGGUGUUGGCCGGGCCGGAGCCCCAGGAACCCGGGGCCAAGCGCCGCGCCAAGGCCCAAGACGUCAUCUUCAGAAUCGUUGUUCCGUCGAGGCAGAUCGGCAAGGUCAUAGGCAAAGAGGGGUGUCGAAUCCAGAAGAUUCGCGAAGAGACCAAGGCCAAUAUCAAAAUCGCCGACGCCAUCGCUAGGCACGAGGAGCGUGUGAUUAUAAUAAGUUCGAAGGAUAGUGAUAACGCGAGUACUGAUGCCGAGAAGGCGCUGCAGCAAAUAGCUGGGUUGAUUUUGAAGGAAGAUGAUAGUGGUGCUGAGGCAGCAAAAGUUGGUGCAGGACAUGUGGCUGCCAAUACCAUUAGACUUUUGAUUGCUGGGUCCCAAGCAGGUUCAUUAAUUGGGAUGUCUGGCCAGAAUAUUGAGAAAUUGCGGAACUCCUCUGGUGCCACAAUCACAAUUCUUGCCCCAAAUCAGUUGCCUUUGUGUGCAUCUGCCCAUGAAUCUGAUCGAGUGGUACAGGUAUCAGGUGAUGUGCCUGCUGUUCUGAAGGCUUUGGAAGAGAUUGGUGAUCAACUAAGAGAAAACCCACCCCGGCAAGUGAUUUCCAUCAGUCCAGCAUAUAACUAUACAACAAUUCGACCACCUCAAGUUCAACCGUACAUGGACCCAACUUCAGCUGAAUAUAUAACCUUCGAGAUGGUGAUAUCGGAAACACUAGUUGGUGGGUUGAUUGGUAGAUGCGGCUCCAACAUUCAAAGGAUCAGAAAUGAGUCUGGAGCAAUGAUCAAGGUUUAUGGUGGGAAAGGUGCGCAAAAACAUAGGCAAAUUCAGUUUUGCGGUAGUGCACAACAGGUGGCACUGGCAAAGCAGAGGGUUGAUGAGUACAUAUAUUCUCAGCUGAUACAACAAGCUGGUGCUCCACAGCCAGCGUAA